AUGAGCAAAUACGGGGUCAUGGUGAUGGGUCCCGCGGGGGCGGGCAAGUCCACCUUUUGCGCAAAUCUCAUUACCCAUCUCCAGCUGAACCGACGUUCCGCGUUCUACGUGAAUCUCGACCCGGCCGCCGAGCACUUCGAGCACCAGCCCGACCUGGAUAUCAAGGACCUGAUAUCGCUCGAGGAUGUAAUGGACGAAUUGAAACUCGGACCCAACGGGGGUUUGAUCUACUGCUUCGAAUUCCUCAUGGAAAACCUCGACUUCCUCUCGGAGGCACUCGACUCGCUGACCGAGGAAUACCUCAUCAUCUUCGACAUGCCUGGCCAGAUCGAGCUCUACACACAUAUUCCCAUCCUGCCGACACUAGUAAAGUUCCUCACACAACCUGGCGCACUUGAUAUCAGGUUAUGCGCGGCAUAUCUGCUCGAGGCAACAUUCGUGAUAGACCGAGCAAAGUACUUUGCCGGUACGCUCAGCGCGAUGAGUGCUAUGAUCAUGCUGGAGGUGCCCCACCUUAAUAUUCUGAGCAAGAUGGAUCUGGUCAAGGACCAGAUCCGUAAGAAAGAUCUUAAGCGCUUCAUCACACCAGAUACGACGUUGCUUGACGACGAUCCGGGAGCCGCGGCGCGUAAGAAGGCCGGCGUCACCAUUGACGUGCAUAACGCCGACCCAAAGGACAAGGAUGCGCUUAUGUCUGGGACAUCGUUUCAGCGCCUCAAUACAGCUGUUGCAAACCUGAUUGAGAGCUUUAGCAUGGUCAGUUACCUCAAGCUUGAUAGCUUCAACGAGGAUAGCAUCGGGGCGAUCCUCAGCUAUAUCGAUGACUGCAUCCAGUACCACGAAGCGCAGGAGCCGAGGGAACCGCCGGAGGAGGAGUUGGAGCCUGAGGAAUAA